AUGGACUGCUUCCACAACUACUGCACCGUCUGCGAUACCAUCAUCGACACACAGCGAAAGGGCAACCGACUCAAGUCUACCUUUUCGUCCCAGGCCUUUGACUCUUCGCUCUACUGCUCGAUAAAAUGCAAGCAGCAGGACGAGGCUGAGUACACUUUCACCGCUCAGACCAAGUCGCCUGUCUACGAUGUCGAGGAUCUCAGCAUGGUCCUUCCCUCCCACCUCAACCUCGAUGACUCGGAGCCCGAGCUCUUCGAGUGCGACCUCACCGAUUCCUCUUCUGUCGACUCCUCUUCUUCCAUGCAUUCGCUUGAUGCUCCCUUCUCCACCUCCCUGAACUUCUCCCAGGGAGAGCCCAAGUACAUUUCUCAGCACAACGCAUCUCACCCUUACUUUGGAACCUCCUGGGCAGCCACUUCCCCGCUGUCCAACGAGGCGCUGGUCCUGCCCACCGCGUCUCCCAUCAACAAGAAGAAGGAGCGACAGUUUUCCUACGCUAUGCCUAAGGUAUCUCAUCUUAGCCCUGGCCGACCCGUCAUUGCCAGCAAUACCUCUCCUCUCGAGAGACAGUGA